GACAUUAGAUGCAAAGAUGGUUUCUUUCUCCUUUCAAACGUGAGAUGAAAUCUUCCCAUCUCUUCUCCUCCCUCUUUGAUGCACAUACACACGCAGGGAUGAAAGGGAGUUGGACGGACGAAGAGGAGCCGUCAGUGGGUAAAAGUUUCGGCGCUGCCUUUUCCAUUCCCACUUGCAACUGACUGCCCCUUUUGUUCAGAAUCAUCUCACCUCUUUUCUUCAUUUAUUUAUCAGUCCCGUUCUUGGUGAACAAAUUCUCUUUUAGAGCUCGAAACCAAAUUCAUUCGGGCACAGGCGCGAAUGCGCGGCCGCUUGUUUAAGCUUUAUACGGAGAAUAUUAGGUCUGUCUGGAUAUUAUCAUUGUUCACCACACUGUCCGAGCAUUUUGCUUUCGACCGUGCAUCUCAUUCAAGAAUCGAGUGCCAUUUGACCGGGGCCAAAAGCUUCUUUUGGAAGGGCAAAAGACCAAGUUUCUCUCUUCCUGUGCGUGUGUGUAUAUAUGGAGGCCCGGCAAAUCCUCGGUAGUUCUGCAGUUUUUUCAGACCUUGAGACCGACAACAUCAGCAGCAGCAGAAGUUGCAAGGAGAUCGACGCUCUUGAGUUCUUGAAUUGUUGUUGAUCGAUGGCGCUGAGGAGAAUCAUCAAGGAGCUCAAGGACCUGCAGAGGGAUCCACCCACGUCCUGCAGCGCAGGGCCUGUGUCUGACGACAUGUUCCACUGGCAAGCGACCAUCAUAGGCCCCAGUGACAGCCCCUACUCAGGGGGCGUCUUCCUGGUCACCAUCCAUUUCCCUCCGGACUACCCCUUCAAACCUCCCAAGGUGGCGUUCAAGACGAAGGUGUUCCACCCGAACAUCAACAGCAACGGCAACAUCUGCCUGGACAUCCUCAAGGAGCAGUGGAGCCCGGCGCUGACGGUCUCCAAGGUGCUGCUCUCCGUCUGCUCGCUGCUCACCGACCCAAACCCGGACGAUCCGCUCGUCCCGGAGAUCGCACACAUGUGCAAGACCGACCGACUCAGGUACGAGUCCACCGCCAGGGGAUGGACGCACAAGUACGCCAUGGGAUGAUAAUGCAUGCAGUGAGGCUGCCUGGGGAGCAAACAUCGUUGUAUCCAAAUCCAAAUGUUCUUUUUAAUAACGUAAUCUAACAGUAACAGCAGGUGGAGGAGCUCUGCAUUUCGUUCUCAAAAUUAAGAAGAGGAGGAGAGAGGUUCUAUGUAUGUACAAGAACUGUGUCCGAAUCGAUGUACCAUCACAAUCUCAUAUAAAAAAUGCAAGUGAACAAUAAGAUUUUGUUUUGGUUUUGAU